AAAGCUAGUCUAGUUUUCUUCACCCUUAUCUCAGCUCUAACGUCAUGGAAGUUUCAGUUGAGUUGUGUCCUCCCUCACUGGGUUCUGGACUGAGCAAAAGAAGUGACAGCUAACGAACAUUUCAGUUGUCCAGGAGAGUAAAGAUGGCAACGUUCCCUUGCCGAGUCAUACUUUUGGACGGCUCUAUCAUUGAGCGGGACCUAGAGAAAAAAGCAGUGGGCCAGGUUCUGUUUGAUAAAGUCUGUGAGUAUCUCGUUCUGAUAGAGAGGGACUAUUUUGGCCUGGCAGCAUGGGAUUCAUCUAACAAUAAGGUGUGGCUGGAGCUUUCCAAAAAAGUUUACAAGCAGAUCAUAAGUCAUGAUGCUACAUUUACAUUCAGUGUCAAGUUUUACCCACCUGACCCUUCCCAACUGGCUGAGGACAUUACGAGAUACUUACUGUGUCUUCAGCUCAGGACAGACAUCCUGACAAGCCGUCUGCCCUGUCCAUCAGAUAUGUUGGCAGUUUUGGGAUCAUACACGAUCCAGUCAGAAUUGGGGGAUUAUAAUCCUGAACUACAUGGAAAAGAGAUCUUCAGUAACAUUCCCCUUGCGCCCAAUCAGACUCCAGAGCUGGAAGAGGAAGUGGCAGAGCUGCAUCGCAAACUCAAAUCCAUGAGUCCUGCUGAAGCAGAUCAGCUUUUCCUGCAGAAUGUCAAGACUCUCCACAUGUAUGGAGUACAUCUGUAUCCUGCUAAGGAUGCUAGUGGUGGAGACAUGAUGCUGGGGGUGUGUGCUGAUGGUCUAGUGGUGUAUGAGUAUGAGGAAAAUACACAGGUUCUGUGUUUCAGCUGGCCCACAGUUCUGAAAAUGUCUUACAACCGGAGCAACUUCCAAGCCAGGAUUUUUCACUCAGAGGAUGCAUUUGAAAAUACCAUCAAAUUCAGUCUGCCCAGCUUCCGUGCCUGCAAAUCUCUGUGGAAAAAUGCUGUGGAGCAUCAUGCCUUCUUCAGGAAUUUGAAGGACCCCGACAAGGCUCCGAAGAGACUGUUGCACGUGGGUUCUAGGUUUCGUUUCGACGGUCUCACUCACGCAGAAUCUCUAGAAGCCAGCUCCAACAUCAAGCGAGCAGCUCCACGCUUCGCACGCUCAGCCAUCAAGAGAAAAGCAAAAGAAAGCCGUCUUGUGGCUUUGAAGCGGCCAAACAGAACCGAGUUUGUUGACUGGUUCGAACUGCUUGGCUCUGAUGCAACAUGGCCUACUUAUAGCUCAGAUAAGUACCAAGUGGCAGCUGGAGAGACACUUGUUUAUAAAGAAAGAGAGGAAGUGGAUGGUCUGGAUAAUGAAUGGUUUCAGCUGUUGGGUGGGCGCUCUCUUCCCACUCAGCAUUCUUUCUCAUCCUUAUCUUCAGAUACUGACAUUUUGGAAAGUGCUAAAUUCCAGCUUUGGAAACUGCAAGCUGAUGAUUGGUUUGUUCUCCUUGAACCUCCCACUUAUCACCCCAAUUUCUGGCACUGGAAGACACGACAGCUGUCUCUGCAGUCUUCUCAAGCUGAAGAGCAGACAGAAGAGCUGGAAAGUUUCGAAAAAUACUCCGAGAAGGGUAUAGAGAUUGUCAGAAUAAGAGAAAAAGAGGUUGAGGCUGUGACCGAGCAACACGAAGAACUGGAAAUGGAAAGAAACCUAAUAAGCCCAGACACCGUUGGUGAAUAUCUAGAGUUUGAGGCUGGGGACAGUGAGCAAAUACUGAAAGUUAUGAGGGAAAAGAUUGAAGAAGUGGAUGGAGAAGAAUUACAAACAGUAGUAAUGUAUGAACAGAGAAGGCAGGUGGUAGAAUCUUAUACUGAACAGGAGGCUUUUGCUGAACAAAGUAUUAGAGGGAUGGAAGUCGUAGACGCGGUACAUGAACUAAUGAUAAAGAGAGGUGAAGUAGUGUCUGAGGAAAAUAUAGAGGAAUUAGAGGAACAAUUUCUAGAAGUGGAGAGAAUUGAACAAACACAGCAGGGUAUAGAAAGCCUGAAACUCAAAUUACAGGAAGUAGAAAUGUUGGAGCGACAACUACAACAAAUGCAGCAGGCAGGAAGACAACGAGGGGAGAAUGAUGAUUGGUACAUUCUGCUGGAGCACAAACUGAUAACAUCUACAGCACCUGUAAGACUGCUAGGAGUGAAGACUUCUGAACAAAAGCUGCUGCAAAACCUAGAACGAGGAGACAGAGGUGACAGGUACCUUUUGCUGGAUCGCAAACCCUUAGUGGCAACUUCAGCAAAUGCAGGUCCUACCAUUGGCACAGCAGAGCAAAAAGCAGAGAUUAGACAGUGGAUAGAGGGCAAACUCGAGCGAGCACACACUCUAACACCUGUCCUGAUGAAAGACGACUGGUACAUUUUGCUAGACUUGCCUCCACGACCUACACAGACCAGGGAACCUGCACUGCCUCCAUCAGAGAUUGAUGUCCAGUCAUCUUGGGUGAAUGUGAUAGAGGAGCACAAAAACUUGGAUGAAGAAACUAAAUGGACAGAGGAGAGAGCGAUUCAUGUUAGAGAAACACAACUGACUUUACCAGUACAAAGAGAGGAACAGCCAGAGAAACAGCUGGAUGAUGACUGGUUUAUCCAGCUGGACGUUCCUCCUAAAGAAGCAGUGCACACUAUAGCUGUAGAUGUUCACAAAGAGACCAGAGAGGAGGAAGAAGAGCUAGUCCAUAAAGAAGUAAAGACGAUAACAUUUGAGGAGGACAGACGAGAAAUGCUAGAAACGUCUCACGAAGUGAUUGAGAUGAAGCCAAUCCCAUUCGAGAAAAGAGAUGUUCCUUCAGGUCCUACCAUGGACACAGCAGAGCAAAAAGCAGAAAUUAGACAGUGGAUAGAGGAGAAACUCCAGAGAGCACACACUCUAACACCUGUCCAGAUGAAAGACGACUGGUACAUUUUGCUAGAAUUGCCUCCACAACCUACACAGACCAGGGAACCUGCACUGCUUCCAUCAGAGAUUGAUGUCCAGUCAUCUUGGGUGAAUGUGGUAGAGGAGCACAAAAUCUUGGACGAAGAAACCAAGUGGAGAGAGGAGAGAGCAAAGGCUUUACCAAUACAUAGACAGGAACAGCCAAAGAAAGAGCUGGAUGAUGACUGGUUUAUCCAGCUGGACGUUCCUCAUAAAAAAGCAGAGAUUGAUGUCCAGUCAUCUUGGGUGAAUGUGGUAGAGGAGCACAAAAUGUUGGACGACGAAACCAAGUGGAGAGAGGAGAAAGCAAAGACUUUACCAAUACAUAGACAGGAACAGCCAGAGAAACAGCUGGAUGAUGACUGGUUUAUCCAGCUGAACGUUCCUCAUAAAGAAGCAGUGCACACUAUAGCUGUAGAUGUUCACAAAAACACCAGAGAGGAGGAAGAAGAGCUAGUCCAAAAGCAAGUGAAGACAAUAACAUUUGAGGAGGAGAGAAGAGAAAUGCUAGAAACGUCUCAUGAAGCGAUUGAGAUGAAGCCAAUCCCAUUCAAAAAACGAGAAGUGUCUUCAGCAGAGAUUAGACAGUGGAUAGAGGAGAAACUCCAGAGAGCAAACACUCUAACACCUGUCCUGAUGAAAGACGACUGGUACAUUUUGCUGGACUUGCCUCCACGACCUACACAGACCAGGGAACCUGCACUGCCUCCAUCAGGUACAACUAAAACCAAACAGAAUGUGCCAGGUCUGAGAUCUCAGCAAACCGUCACGAUCAAGGAAAAGGAAGUGACCUUUGACAAGAAGCCCGUGAUCAUCAAAGAGAAACAAGAGAUAGAAAAGAAAAUUCCUGGUAGAGUGUACAAGGAUGAGGACGACUGGUUUGUGCUUUUUUCACCAGAACAAAUUAAGAAGAAAGUCAUUGCCACAGCGGGUGUGUCAGACACAUGGAUUCUGGAAGAAAAGAGAUUAAGGGAGGUUCAGAAAGGGCGACUCAGAGAGGAUAUGAAGAGAAGCCAUGUGGUGGAGGACAGAAGACUUCAUCCAUAUGUACCUGGACCAAAGGCAGACGAGCGUCAUCGGGAGGUGAUCGAUGACUGGUUCAUCCUGCUGGAGUCUGUUUCGAAAAUAUCAGUGAGCAAGAACAAGAGAGCUGAGGAGGACCAGCGUAGGAAGGAGGAGUUGUUUAAGAAGCAAGCCUUGGCAGAAGACAGAAGAAAAGUGGCAGGAAUCAAACAUCCUUCAGUUCCUGUCAUCCCACUGACUCCAGCUGACCAGCCAAUGACAUCAACUCCCACUGCGCAAUCUGUUCGCAUCACGAGACCCUCUUAUCAAGAGGAGAGUCUAAAGAGACUAGACCUCACACAGGAGAUCACGCAGGACAUAAAGCAAGAAUCUAAGGUGGAAUCAGAGACCAUCAUUAAGAGAAAGAGAAUAGAGAAGAGAAUUGAGGGUGAAUCCAUUUAUAUCCGUCACAGCAUUCUAAUGUUAGAGGACUCUGAUGUGACUCAAGAGAUAGUGCUGAAGCAUCAUGCCAGUGUCAGUGAGUUAAAGCGCAUCUUCAUGGAGGACAUGCCUGUGUAUGGCCCUACAGAGUGGGACAGGCGUCUCUCCUCAUACACUCCUGCCAUCUACCCCAAAUUAUCCAGUGGCGAGCUACUUAACGGCAUAGACAUAAUGGGAGCAGAUGGAUUAUCAGCCAUGUAAUGUCGCUCCACCCUCUUAUCCUGGUGAAUCCUCUGUCUUAUCAACAGAUCAGCACACAGAGCCUCUUUCCUUCACUGCACCAUUUUGUCAUUGAUACAUUGCUGUUAUUAUGUGGUAAUACAACCUGUAUACAGAUUUUUAUUUUUAUGUGCAGUAAAUACUAUAGAACUUUAAUAUUGUAAAACAUUACAGAGGUUUGUUGGCCAAAUGCUGAUGUCUGAUGUCUGGAUAACAAAUGUGCAUUUAUCACUGUCAGUGUAGGACUGCCAGUGUUCAGUGGCCACAUUUUAAAAGGUGUGGAGACCCAACAAAGAUUUACAAAUGAAGCUAAAUAUGUGCCGGGUGUUUUGAGUAAUAUUAGCAUUAUGUCAGGCAGAAUUAAACCCCAAGGACAGCCAGUGUGUUACCAGGUUCUUGGACUGGUUUUGUUGUGUAUAGGUGUGGUUUUCCCAAAAAACAGUCUGUAUAUGCAGAUAACACAGAAUUCCACUUACAGUCUGUUUAUACGUACAUGUUUCGUUGAUUUAUCUUGACAAUAUUUUAUUUUGCAUAAAGUCUGUCCAAAUACUAAGACAUGUUGUUUGCUUAUAUAUAU